AUGCUACGUCGACUGACGCUCGCAGCAUCGGCAUCAGCGUCGGCAACGGCCUCGGCCUCGGCGUCCAGGAGCGCAGUCACAGCAUCAGCCCUCUUGACCGCCUCGCCCGCCACCCUCCCCGCCCGCCACAGGCUCACGAUCAUAGCACCGGCAGCAUCACCGACGCACGCACAUGCAUUCGCCACCAGCUGCCGCGUAUCUGAUGCGGGAGAAGCGCGCGGCCCCCAUUCCGGCCCUCGCAGCUCAGGCCCGCGCCAAGCAGGCGGCCAGCAGCGCCACUCGAACCCCAACAGCAACAGAGGCGGAUCGUCCUACGGGAACAGAGGCGGUUCGUCCACUGGGAAUCAGCAGCGGCAUGGAGGCGGCGGCGGCGGCGUCGGCGGAGGGCAUCGAGAUGGACAACGUGGCGGCGGCCAUCGGUCAGAUAACCAAAAGUUCGGCAGCAGAGACUCGGGUGGCGGCGGUGGUGGCGGCUCGCGCAACCCUGGGGCACCUCGACAGUCGCCCCGCGCACCCAACGACCGGCGCAACCAGCAACGUGGACCGCCAGUGCCCCGACCACGAGAUUGGAGCCGCGACCGCUUCGCUUUAAUACCCAACUUCGACGCACCACCACCAGUAGGCAGGAACGGCGACGGCGCCGACGCCGCCAUCCACGGCGAGCCCGACUCUGCAUCAACCGCCGGGCGGGACGAUGCAGCAGUUGACGACGCCGAAGGCGCAGCAGCCGGAUCUCCCUCUGAGCUGCGCAGGCCCGGCGCCAAGGACGACGGCCGGAGCAGGGGCGACCGCGUCUCGCGCAAAAAGGGAGACCGAGGUUCGCUGCUCCGCGAUCAGGACGAUCAGCAGCGCGGCGGGCCCCGGCCGAAAGAUCGAGAGCGGGAAAAGGGAGCAAAGCGACCCGCCGCUGCGUCGUCCUCCAAGCCCAAGGCGGCCGCUCCGGCUUCCCGACCGCCGCGCGAAGUCUUCCUGCCGAGCGUGGUGACCGUGUCGAACCUGGCGCGCCAGAUGAACGUCAAGAUGCGCUCGCUGCAGCGCGUCAUGACCGAGAGCGGCAUGACCGACACCCGCCCGGACCUGAUCCUCGCCUUUGCCGACGCAGAGAUGCUGGCGGCCGAGUUUAAUCUGACGGCCGUCGUCAACGAGGAGGCCGCAUUCGACAUCCUCCCGCGCGACCCCGCCUCUCCCGACGUCUACGCCACGCUGCCCCUCCGGCCGCCCGUGGUGACCAUCAUGGGGCACGUCGACCACGGCAAGACGACGCUGCUCGACAAGCUGCGCAGCACGGCCGUUGCAGCGGGCGAGGCGGGCGGCAUCACCCAGCACAUUGGCGCGUUUAGCGUGCCCGUCAAGCGCGCCGCGGGCGGGAGCGAUGCAGCCGCCGCCGCCGCUGCCGACGCCGUGCAGACCGUCACUUUCCUCGACACGCCCGGCCACGCCGCGUUUACCGCGAUGCGAUCGCGCGGCGCGGCCGUGACCGACAUUGUGGUCCUCGUCGUCGCCGCCGACGACGGUGUGAUGCCGCAGACGCGCGAGGUCAUCGACCUGGUCCAGUCGCUUUCGUCGUCCUCGUCCUCGUCGCCUGGCAGCGGCGGCAGCGGGGCCGGCAACAUGUCUUCGCGGCGGCAGCAGGGCAGCGUGCAGAUGGUCGUUGCGCUGACCAAGGUCGACAAGCCCGAGUCGGACGCAGAGCGGGUCAAGCGCGAGCUGCUGUCUGCGGGCGUCGAGCUCGAGGAGCUGGGCGGCGAUAUCCCGUGUGUCGAGGUGUCGGGCAAGACGGGCGAUGGCCUCGACGAGCUCGAAGAGACGCUGGCGGCGCUGGCCGAGAUGGCCGACCUGCGCGCCGAGCGCGACGGCCAGCCGGACGGCUACGUGAUCGAGUCCAAGGUGGAAAAGGCGCGCGGCAACGUGGCCACGGUGCUCGUCAAGCGCGGCUGCGUGCGCGUGGGCGAGCUGCUGGUGGCGGGCACGGCGUGGUGCAAGGUGCGCCAGAUCCUCGACUCGCAGAACAAGCCGCUCAAGGCGGCCUACCCGGGCGACCCGGUCGUCGUGACCGGGUGGCGCGACCUGGCGCAGGCGGGCGAGGAGGUCGUGGGCGCCGCCAGCGAGGCCGACAUCAAGCGCGCCGUCGAGAACCGCAAGCGCCGCCUCGAGCGCCUGGCCAUGAUGAAGGACGUCGAGGUCAUCAACGAGCAGCGCAGGGCGCGCGCCGACGAGGUCGAGGAAAAGGCGCGGCGCGAGUUCGAGGAGCGCAAGCGUAGGCGCGAGGAGCGCAUGGCCGCCAGCCUCGGCAUCGACAGCGUCCUUGCCGAGUCGGCACCCGGCAGCAGCGGCGGCAGCGACGAGGCGGCGGCGUCGUCCAAGUCACAGGCCGAUGGCGCCCAGGACGAGGCUGCCGCUGUCGACGCAGACGGCGACGAAAAGGCAGCCGACUACAAGACGCUCAACCUGAUUGUCAAGGCCGACUUCACGGGCACCGUCGAGGCCGUGGUGGGGGCGAUUUCGUCGAUCGGCACGUCCGAGGCGGGCGUCAAGAUUAUCGCGUCGGGCGUGGGCCCGGCGACCGAGGGCGACGUGGCCAAGGCGGCGGCGCUGGGCGGCCACGUUAUCUGCUUCAACGUCGACAUCCCCAAGCCCAUUUCGGCGCUGGCGGCGCGCAGCCACCCGCCCGUGGUGCUGCACAGCGACAGCGUCAUCUACCGAUUGAUGGACUACGUCUCUUCGCAGGUCGCCGCGCUGCUGCCGCCCGAGUUUGAGCAGCGCGUCACGGGCGAGGCCGUCGUAUCGCAGCUCUUCAACUUUUCCAUCUCGUCCAAGGUGACGCGCACCGUCGCCGGUUGCAAAGUCACCAACGGCACCGUCAGUCGCUCCAACAUGGUGCGUAUCCUCCGCGGCGGCGGCGGCGGCGCUGGCGGCGAUGGGGAGGAGGGGGAGAGGAAGGAGAUCUGGAGGGGUAGGCUGGACCAGAUGAAGCAUGGCAAGAAGGACGUCGUCGAGAUGCGCAAGGGUACCGAGUGCGGCCUCAGCUUUGUCGGAUUCCAGGGCUUCAAGGAGGGCGAUGUCGUGCAGAGCUUCUACGAGGUCGAGGUGCCCCGCAAGCUCUAG